AUGUCUCAACUGCAAGACAACGUGCAACCGAGGCCUCCUGUACUGUUCGCGAUGCGCGAAAAACCCUGCUUACUGCAAAUACGAGUUAUGCGGGUCUUUCGAGACAAGGCCCUCAACUCAUCUCAUCAGGGUCCAGGGCUCGACGACUUCUUAUCAACCAUUGCCAUCCUUGCUUACCGGUAUCGCACGUACGCCGAAGAAGUGUCCAAGGAGAGGCUGAAGACAACUGUCGACAUUCUCCUGCGGGAACGCGGCUGUACCCUCCAGGAUCUUCUCGAUGGAGUACUUGAAGACAAAGAGGCUGUAUGUGACUAUCCUCGCUAUGUUGCCCCUUCUACAGUCACAAUUGUUCCGUCGUAA